UCUUGCUCGGCUGCGAGAGCCGCCGAAGAGACAGGGGAAACACACGCGCGGCUGCUCCCGCUCUCCCCGCGGCUCUGCCAGCCCUCCUCCGCACCCCGACCCCCGGCAACGGGCGGGUUGGGGGGCUGCGGUGGCACCCCGCGCCGGGAGCAGCGUGCCAGAGGGGUCCAUGCGAGCCGGAGCAGGAGGGCGGACGGUACCUCUUCUCCUCCCCGAGGUGACAUGGAGCAGCUGAAGUGACCCGCGGAGCCGUCGCAGUGAGUGGGGCCGUGCCCGGGAUGGGCUGUGUGCACUGCAAAGAGAAAGGAGCCGGCAAAGGGCAGGCGGGGGGAGAGGCGGGUCCCGCCCCGCCCCCCGCCUCGCAGUACGACCCCGACCCCACGCAGCCGGGCACCGUCUUCACCCGCAUCCCCGACUUCAACAACUUCCCCGGCCCGGGGGGCUCCUCGGCCCCGUCCUUUGCAGGGUCGGGGGGCUUCGCCUCCAACACGCUGCAGAUGCGGAGCGGGGGCAUCACAGGAGGGGGGGUGACGCUCUUCAUCGCCCUCUAUGACUACGAGGCCAGGACAGAGGAUGACCUGACCUUCCAGAAAGGGGAGAAAUUCCACAUCAUCAACAACACGGAGGGUGACUGGUGGGAGGCCAGGUCACUGAGCUCAGGUACCACAGGCUACAUCCCCAGCAACUACGUGGCUCCUGUGGACUCAAUCCAGGCAGAAGAGUGGUACUUCGGGAAGAUCGGGCGCAAGGACGCGGAGCGGCAGCUCCUGUGCCACGGCAACUGCAGGGGCACCUUCCUCAUCCGGGAGAGCGAGACCACCAAAGGUGCCUAUUCCCUCUCCAUCCGGGACUGGGACGAGGCCAAGGGGGACCACGUGAAGCACUAUAAGAUUCGGAAGCUGGACAAUGGGGGUUACUACAUCACCACCCGUGCCCAGUUUGACACCAUCCAGCAGCUGGUCCAGCACUAUAUAGAGCGGGCAGCCGGGCUGUGCUGCCGCCUGGCAGUGCCCUGCCCCAAGGGAACCCCCAGGCUGGCCGACCUCUCGGUCAAAACCAAAGACGUGUGGGAGAUCCCUCGCGAGUCCCUGCAGCUCCUCAAGAAGUUGGGCAACGGGCAGUUCGGGGAAGUGUGGAUGGGCACGUGGAAUGGCACCACAAAGGUGGCAGUGAAGACGCUGAAGCCGGGCACCAUGUCCCCAGAGGCCUUCCUGGAGGAGGCUCAGAUCAUGAAGCGGCUGCGGCACGACAAGCUGGUGCAGCUCUAUGCCGUGGUGUCGGAGGAGCCCAUCUACAUCGUCACUGAGUUCAUGAGUCAGGGCAGCUUGCUGGAUUUCCUAAAGGACGGGGACGGCCGGUACCUGAAGCUGCCCCAGCUGGUGGACAUGGCUGCCCAGAUCGCAGCGGGCAUGGCCUACAUCGAGCGCAUGAACUACAUCCACCGUGACCUGCGCGCCGCCAACAUCCUGGUGGGAGACAACCUGGUGUGUAAGAUCGCUGACUUCGGCCUCGCCCGCCUCAUCGAGGACAACGAGUACACAGCACGCCAGGGCGCCAAGUUCCCCAUCAAGUGGACAGCCCCAGAGGCUGCUCUGUUUGGCAAGUUCACCAUCAAAUCAGAUGUCUGGUCCUUUGGCAUCCUCCUGACUGAGCUGGUGACCAAGGGCCGGGUGCCCUACCCAGGGAUGAAUAAUCGGGAGGUGCUGGAGCAGGUGGAGCGUGGCUACCGCAUGCCGUGCCCAGGCAACUGUCCCCCCUCCCUGCAUGAGGUGAUGGUGCAGUGCUGGAAGCGGGAGCCCGAGGAGAGACCCACCUUUGAGUACCUCCAGUCCUUCCUCGAGGACUAUUUCACAGCCACCGAGCCCCAGUACCAACCAGGGGACAACCAGUGACCUCCUCUCCCUCCCCCAGCACCCCCCAGCUGGGCUCUGCCGUGGCUUUGGGGUGAAUCUCCCCCUUUUUACAGGGGGAGUGUCUUGCUUUCUUUGGUGGUUUCCCCCCAAAAAUGCCUCUCUGGGGAGGACAGGGGGUUUUGCACAAGGAUUUUGGACUCAGAGGGGGGCAAAGUUGUGUCUCCCAAGCCCCUCUUCACCCCUCCAGUCUCUCUCUCAUUGCCUUCACACCCAGCUUUGAAUCUGAGAAGUGCUUUGGCUGGGGGAAAGGAGGAUGAGGUACCCCCUUCCCCCCCACUCCAGACACCCCACAGCAGCAGAGGCCUUGGAGUGGGGAGGCUCCUCAUACCACCCCAAUCUCCUCUCCCUAACUCUGUGCACUUGGGGGGUUCAGCCCCCCAAACCUGGGGAAGACCACCUCAACCCCUCUCCCCUUUUAUAGCAUCUUUAAUUUAUAAGAUUUUAUGUCCCCUACCCCAGUGGCCACCUCUCCCCAGGGCUCCCUGUAUGGGAGGGGUGAUCCCCUUGCCCCUCACCCCCCAUUUUUAUCUCCUCUCUUUAUAGUAGAUUGAAAUCCUGAAAGCCAUAAAACCUCUGUACUGGAGUGGGAGGAGACAAGGGGUCCUGGGAGUGCCCAGGCUGAAGGGCUCAGCUCUUGCCUGGGGGCUGUUUCCUACAGCCCUGUGUGGGGCAGGAGGGGGUACGGAAUGGGGUCACCCCACGAUGCUUUGUGGGGGAUCCCCCAGCUGCAGCUUGGCUCAAACCUCUGAAGGAAACAUUAACUGAGGGGGUAGGACUUGGGGCACAAUGUGAAUGUGAUGGCACUGGGCAACCCUCAACCCCUGGGGCACCCCCUUUCCUGGGGUGAGGGGGCUGCCUGUAGGCUCAGGCUUGGCCUCAUCCCUGUUCCCCAUGGCCAGGACCCCCCUGCAGCUAUGGGGCAGGGCUGGGGUUGGGCAGUGCCCAUCCUGGGGGGUGAGGGAAGGGAAGGGAUUUGUUGUUUUAUUUUUAAAUCCAGUCUGUAAAUAGAAAUAAAACCUUUCUAACAA